ACGUGGCACCCUGUGGCCCCGCCCACCUUCCCCAGUUACCACGGAUUCAACCGUCUCCCUGCUCCGGUUAGUUACUACAAAAUGGCUGCAGAAGCUCCGCCGCCGAUGAGAACCAACUGAGCGCUUCAAGCUGUGAAAAGAAGCAAAAACACAAGAAGCAAAACGUUUGAUGGAAGAUAAGAAAAAGAAAAAACAAGAAGAGAAGAAAAAGAAAGAAGCUGCACAGAAAAAGACCACAGAACAGAUAACCAAAGUGCCAGACUCUGCCAAGCUCGACCCCACCCCUCCUCUUCUCCCCGCCAACCCCGGUGCCAUCCCACUCGUACCCCAAAGCAGUGGAAAUGGGAAGCGCGCCCCCUCCGGAUGCCAGCCGCAGACUUUGCUCCAGCAGCAGCAGCAGCAGCGCUACCUGCCCAGAGAGGUGCCACCGCGCUUCCGCCAGCAGGAGCAGAAGCAGCUGUUGAAGAGGGGCCAGCCUCUGCCUCCCGGGACCCUGCCUCUCCUUACCACGGGAUAUCCCGACACUAGUGAAUCUGCAGCAUCAACAGUAGCCAUAAACCCCUCUCCAUCCUGUACCUCCUCCUCCUCAGCCAGCUUGCCCACAGUACUGCCCCCGCAUAGUGGCCAAGGAACCCAGUAUGAUAACCCCCCCUGGGGACACCUGCCAGCCAACAGAAGUGCCACAAGUGCUGCAUCUUCCACCAGUCCCAGUGGCUGGGAUCAACUGAUAAUUGACCAGAAGGACUCAGAGGCUUGGCCUUCUAUUACUCUCAGUCAGAGCCAGGCUUCUCCAGCAGGAUGCCCUUUGGACACUGACCCUGGUCACCUGACCACCAGCAGCAGUAGUUCAAGCAGUAGUUGUAGUGCAGUGAGUAUGGCCACGGGAGCCAAUAGUCAGACAGGCCACUUCGCUGCCAACCACCUUAACAGCAAAGCCAACAGUGGGCCUAGCCCUGUCAAUCAUACUGGAACCAGCAUGCUCUCUAGCCAGGUUGCAACCAAUCGCAGUUGGGGAUCUGGGCCAGGACCUUCUCAUUGCCCUCCUCAGUCCUCAGUGGGUAAUGAAGGGAAGUGCGAUAGCCCAGUAGGAGGAGGCAGCAGGGGCUGGGGUUCCUCUUCAUCGUCCUCCACCACCAACUUUAACUUGAACCUAAACCCUAAUGCCAACCCAUCUGCAUGGCCCGUGUUGGGGCAUGAUGGAGGAGGCACAGGGGGAGGCAGCUCAGGUGGAGCCAACACCAUUUCAUCUCCUCAACCUACAUCUAAUCUCUGUAACCCUCCUGGCCCCCCACCAGCCCAAACCAGUGCCUGUUCUGGAGCCAACAAUAACGGCAAGUCUUCUGGGAUUGGCAGCGCAUGGGGUACCAUAAUGACUUCUGAUGAGUCACACCUCACUCCAUCCACGAAUGUGUCUUUCAGUUCUGAACCUCAAAACCUUAAAACUGAUGGACCAAAUCAGACUAAAAAACAAGAACCUCCUAGCCCGAUUCAAAACUUGUCUGGUUGGGGCAGCUCACCUGUAGGCUUGGGUUCUAUGGGACAGCCUCAACCAGGGGGUUCACAGGUCAACGGAGAAGAUGGCAACUCUUUGUGGGGUAAUGGUGGCAAUUCAAAGCCAACUUCGUCAAAGGAAGGACCUGGCUGGGAUUCUGCUUGGGGCAAUGUGGGAGGUGGAACCGUAAAGUCUGGAGGCUGGAGUGAACAGUCCAGUGGAGACUGGGGGAAACAGCAUAGCGAAGAGGCCCAGGGAGGCUGGGAUGCGCCCAGCUCUCCUCCCCAGGAUUCACAAACCAAUACUUGGAACAGAGCUGUGAGCACAGCUGGUGCCAGCGAAGGGAGCAGUGACAGCAUGGAAGGAUACCCCCAACGGAGAGAUUGCCCAACCAGAGAAAAAACAGUUCCUCUGAUACCUGCCCAGGAUCUGGACCCCAGGGUGCUGUGCAACACUGGCUGGGGUCAGACUCCUGUUCGCCAGCACACAACCUGGGACAUGGACGAUUCUAAACGCAAGAAUGACGCUGGCACUGAUUCAUGGGGCUCUGGGCCUACAGCUCCAAGCAAUGUCCAGGGACCCUCAAACACUAACACGGGCCCUGCUCCAAGGUCUGACUCUGGUAACAAAAAUGAUGUGCCUGGUUCACAGGGACCUUCUGGUUGGGGUGGAAGCAUGGCUGCUUCACAUGCGCCCAGUUCCGGUUGGGGAGACACACCCUCCAACGUAAAGCACCCAGUAGGGCCUAGUGGAUGGGGUAACCCUUCAACAGGAGGCCCUUCUAACAGCAUACCCAAGAACGGGGCUCAAUCUUGGGGGGAGGAGAAAUCAUCUGGCUGGGAUGAUUCACAAGGCAAGUCAACAUCCCAGAGCUGGGGAGAGCAGCCCAAAACAUCCAACUCCUGGGGCAGCAGUGGAGGAAGCAAUAACACUGGGGACUGGGGAGAACCAGAAGAGAGUAAAAAGAGCUCCUCUGGCCCUGACUGGAAAGGAGAAUCAGGAAACUGGAAGGAAAACAAACGAGAUUGGGGAAUGUCUUCUUCAGGACAUGGAGGUUCUGGAGCUGGAAACAGCGGAGGCUGGGCUGACUCUGCACCACAGCGCCCAUGUGGUCCUCCUCAAGGCUGGAUGGGCAAGCCUCAGGAUGGGCCCAGCAGUAAUAGCGGAGGAGGGACUAUGGGCUCUUGGGGUGGUCCCGGCUCUGUGAAGCAGGGUGCAUCCUGGGGAGGUGGUAAGAAAGAACCCUCAAAUGAGGCGACAGGCUGGGAAGAGCCCUCUCCGCCUUCCAUCCGUCGCAAGAUGGAGAUUGAUGACGGGACCUCAGCCUGGGGCGACCCCGGUACCUACAAUAAAGCAGUCAACCUGUGGGACAGGAACAACCCAGGGAUGGUCCAGGCUAAAGUUACCACAGGAGGUAGUAACCCUCCAGGUCCUAGCAAUAACCAUCCCCACGCUCACAAUCACUCCUAUCAUGGGCCGCCUGCACCUUUACAGAACCAUAGCCAAAACGCUCAAAACCCAGGCCCUGCCAGUGGGGCCGUAGAUCCUUCAGUGCAACACCAGUCUGGAACAUCUCACAUCAGGGGUCCUCUGAUAGCUCAAGGUUGGGGAGAGCUUUCCAGCUCCCACACAAAAUCUGAAAGCUCUUGGGGAGAACCGGCACCCUCUCCAGUCAGCCUGGAUAAUGGCACAUCUGCUUGGGGCAAACCGAGCGGCGGCGCCGGAGGCUGGGGAGAUGGCAACCCAGACAACUAUGGCAGGAGCAACCCAGCGAUGACAGCAGCGCCUGGCAAACCUGCCUCCAAACCUAUGCAAGAUGGGUGGGGAGGAGGAGGUGAUGAGCUCAGCCUUUCAGGGGGUCAGUGGGACUCUGAGGAGGGAGACAUGUGGAACAGCACAGCCUCCCAGGAGAGCAACUCUUCCUGUAACUCCUGGGGCAAUGCAUCCAAAAAAGGCCCACAGAAAGUAAAGAUCCCAGGGAAACAGGAAGAUGCCUGGAUCAUGAAACAGCUCAUCAAACAGCUCACAGACAUGGGCUUCCCUAGGGAUCCAGCAGAGGAGGCUUUGAAGAGCAACAAUAUGAACUUGGAUCAGGCCAUGAGUGCCCUGCUGGAGAAGAAGACAGAGCUUGACAAGCGUGGGAUCGGGACUGGCGGCCACGACUACAACAACGGGCUCAUCAACAAGCCCAUGAGUUGCCCUCGGCCUCCACUUCUCUCCAAAGACCCCUCAACAGACCCUCGCCUGCCCUUCAUUGAUAAGCAGAUGCAGAGUGGAAUGUUUGGUGGUGGUGGAGCAGCACAAACCCGGGCCAUGCAGCAGCCGCAGCCGCCUCCUCAGCCACCAGUGCCGCCUCUCAGCUCCUCUCAGCCUAGUCUACGUGCGCAAGUGCCUCAGUUUCUCUCCCCUCAGGUUCAAGCACAGCUCUUACAGUUUGCAGCAAAAAACAUUGGUCUGAAUCCUGCACUUUUAACCUCACCAAUAAACCCUCAACAUAUGACCCUUCUGAAUCAACUUUACCAGCUGCAACUGGCAUAUCAGCGUUUACAAAUUCAACAGCAAAUGUUGCAGGCACAGCGCAAUGUUUCUGGCCCCAUUCGACAACAAGAGCAGCAAGUUGCACGUACAAUCAAUAACAUGCAGCAGCAGAUCCAACAACACCAGCGUCAGCUGGCCCAGGCUCUGCUGAUGAAACAGCAGCAACAGCAGCAGCCGUCCCACUCUGGCCUGCAUCCUGGGGCCAAAUCCUCCCUGGAUUCAUAUCCGGGUCACCCCCAGACUCCAGUCCUACCUGACCUGCAGACCAAAGAGCCGCAGUCAACUCCCAACACGUACAGCCCCUACGCUCUCUCUGGACUGAAUCCAAACAUGAAUCCAAACUGUAUUGAUGUGGGAAGCCUUCCUAUGAAGGACCCACCGCUACCGCAGUCCCGGCUGUCACAGUGGACACACCCAAACUCCAUUGAAAGCCUUUCUGGAAACUCAUCUCCUCUCGAGCCCAACCUGGGAAAACAUGGUGCCAACCUGGGCCCACCUGGAAAGCCUCCUCAGUUAGACGACUCCUACAACCCCUACAACCUGAUAUCAAGGUCAGAGUCUCCGACCAGCCCCUUGGUUCCUCCAGAGAGCUGGGGUCAGGGCAAGAACAGCAGCGACAAGAUGGCCAAUGGGACAAAUAUCAACUGGCCUCCAGAGUUUUGUCCUGGUGUACCCUGGAAGGGUCUGCAGAACAUCGACCCUGAGACCGACCCCAACGUGACCCCAGGCAGCGUCCCCAGCGGACCUACGAUCAACACCAACAUCCAAGAUGUCAACCGUUACCUGCUCCGGGACAGAAGUGGAGGCUCCUCUCCCACCUCAUCUCAGAGCGAGGCUCUGCCUCCGUCCACCGAUUGGCCAGUCAGUGCCUACAGUAGCUCGUUCAGUCUUUCUUCCCCGGAGAUGGACGAUGCAGGCAAACUGUCAGAAAUGAAAUCAACCUGGUCUCCAGGUACCAUCUCUCACAGCCAGGGGUCUCUGUCCCACGAGCUUUGGAAAGUCCCCCAGGGUCCGCGGAGCAGCACCACGGCUCCUUCCCGCCCCCCACCCGGCCUCACGAACACGAAGCCCUCCUCCACCUGGGGCGGAAGCUCUCUGGGUCUGGCCCAAGGAUGGAGCAGCUCUUACACCACAGCAGGUACCACAUGGAGUACGGACAGCUCCACCAGGACCAGCAGCUGGCUGGUUCUGAGGAACCUAACGCCACAGAUUGACGGUUCCACUCUGCGUACGCUGUGCAUGCAGCACGGCCCCCUCAUCACAUUCCACCUCAACCUGACACAGGGAAACGCUGUGGUUCGCUACAGCUCCAAGGACGAAGCCGCCAAAGCUCAGAAGUCUCUGCACAUGUGUGUGCUGGGGAACACCACCAUUCUAGCAGAGUUCGCCGGGGAAGAGGAGGUGAACCGCUUCUUUGCACAGGGCCAGUCGCUCGGUGGGACGACCAGCUGGCAGGCCACUCCGGGAACCAAUCAGACCAGGAUGGGCGGCUCCGGAUCCGGAGUUGCUCAUCCCAUUGGUCACUCACCCCACUGGAACAACAACAACAACAGCGGCGGCGGUGGCGGCGGCAGCAGCAGCGGGCUCGGAGCAGGCGGAACUAAAACAGGCGGGGAGUUGCUCUGGGGAGGCGUUCAGCAGUAUUCCAGCUUGUGGGGACCCCCGAGCGGCGAGGAGGGACGAGUCAUGGGGAGCCCCACGCCAAUCAAUACGCUGCUGCCUGGCGACCUGCUGAGUGGAGAGUCCAUGUAGAAGGAAAAACUGACAAAAGAGGAGCAAAAACCUUGCAAAUCAGUGUGGAGAUAAUCAAGUGUGGAUGUGAAGACGAGGAGGAGAGACGAGAGGAGGACAAGGCUUCAUAUUCGCUGCUUGGCUUUGUCCGCCUUCUCUGCUCUUUUUUUUUUUUUUUUUUUUUUUUGCGUGUGUUAAACGGCAUUUCAGUCGCAGUUAUUUUUGCGUGGGUUUCGGAUCCCAGCGUUUCAUUUAUCAAAGAACAAAGAAAAAAAAACAUUUUACAGAAACAAGCGGAGAAGUCGCUGUUUUAAACAAACUGGAGUCAAACUGACAUGGCGACAAGCUGCCAUCUUUAUUCUGGUGGGAUCCCUCACUGCCUUUUCAGGCAAUCAUAAUGCACCUCAGAGAUCCAUGGAGAAAGGCAUCAUUCCCAAAGUUCUAAUAAAACCCUUCAAUCGGUGGGUGUCGCACAGUCAGCCGGUCCAGACCCAACAUUUGUUUCUGUCAGCACUAAUAUUAGCCUUAAACUAUUUCCUGCCCUGCUAUCCACGCUCACUCUUUACUCGGUAAAGAAGCUUAUGGAGAACUUGCACACCCUUAUUUCUGAGCCAGUGAAACCUGAGUGGAAAGUACAUGCUGCUGCAGCUCACGACGUCAGUGCAUUUGAGGGUUUUUUUUCUCCACAGUCGGAUCAAGUCCCCCCCAACAAACACAUCACUCAAAGGGAAUGAUGCAACUUUGUUCGCCUUGCUCAAGCCAUUUAUUUUCGUAGUAUUUUUUUAUGAUUUGUUUUCUUGAACCAUUGCAAACAAAGCUUAGAACAUGAUGUUAUUCAAAUGUGUCUGUCAACCGUAUCUGGUGGGUGGCUGUACAUAUGAUGAGAUGAACCACUGCUAAUACAAAGGAACUGUAAAAAGACAAACACGAUGAUGCACCUCAGCCUUUCUAUGGGCUCUUUUAUUUUUAUUAUUUUUCAUUUUUUUGCAGUUUGGUCUCAGACUGUCUCCGUGACAUUUUGGGAGAAAUUUAAAAGAAGACCUCAAAUUGUUCCUUCCCCCCUCCGCCAUGCUCCCACUCCACCUGCAAAACCCACCAUUUCAAGCGACGUGCAAUAUAAGCCACAGACUCUACCGUCCAAGCACCCUACGACUGAGAGCAGACCGUAAGGAAAGAGUGAACUGCGAACACUUUAUCUGCCCUCAGAAAGAGAGGAAAAAACUGCCACUACUACCCUUUAUCUCCCCUUAGAGAGAGUGUGAACUCAGGAGAGUAGCAAGCUGGUCUUCAACCAUUUUCUGUCCAAGACACAAGGACUUCGAUACAAAGCACUUCUUCAACCAGCCACCUCUCCAUAAGACUUGUGUGUGUGUGAUUUUAUGUGGGUGUGUGUGUGUGUGUGUUUGUUUGGGAAGAAGGCAACAAACCAAAUUCAGAGGAGCUUGUUUUCUUUUCCCCUCACCCAGAAGACAAGAUCACUUUUUUUGUCCACAUUUGCUUCAGUUUUAAGGAAAAAAAACAAAAGAGGCAAAGACUUGUGAAUAGGUGGUCUGUUAUAGCACUUAACGAGAGCGCCGCUGCUCCUUAUACUCUCAACGCCAACGAACAGAAGAAAGGUGAAGCAACACUGGCAAAUAAAAACUGCAAAAAGACUUCAAAGCAAUCUGCUCAGUGGCUUCUCUGUGUACUUAUUUUUUAACUUGACAUGGAUGUGAACUUUGUAUUUCCUUCUUAAGUCAGUGGGACCAGAGGAUGUCAAACACGGUAGCAAAGUGAAGGGAAAUGCAAAGAAAACUCAAAGCGCUCAUCCUCACCUUCUUCUUCUUUUUUUUUAUUAUAUCAAAGUAAACAUCACUGUUAACAUUGCAACUUUGAGAACUUUUCACGCCUUGGUGUCUGGGAUCGCUCAGCUGGAUCCGGCAGGGAGGAUUUGCCGUCUCGUCCUUGUUUCUGUGUUUUUCUUCUUGGAGGCCCAGCCAACCGGUGUGAUAGUGUGGCCACUGAGUGCCUGCCUGCUGCAGAGAGCAGAGCUGCAGCAGCCCUCACCUUUCCCUCCCCGUCGCCACCUCCUUCGCCUGCCCUCCUCCCUGCUGGUCCCUCCUCUCCCUCCUCCACCUUCGCGCCGGGAGGAGCUCGGAAAUUAUUCUACUACUGCUACUACGUCAGAGCAUGUCCUCAGCAAGCACCACUUCCACUGUCUGUCUUUCUCCUGCAAACAUCACUUUAGUCAAAGAUCAAAGUUAUUUGAGUGUUUUGGGGUUUAUCUGAUGGUUUAUACUUAACUGAAUUGCCAUGACGCAUUUAUUUUAUUGCUGACGUUGUUGAUGACAGUUUCUGAUACGCGUGGGUCAGGAGAUUCUCAACCUUGGAGAAACAUACUACGGUUUCACAGUAUCAAGGUACUACCAAAAGCUCUCGUAACAAAAAUGUGUGACAGACUCCAGAUGCUCUUAUUUAAACCAGAAAGGCAUUAAUUAGACCUACUGCUGCUUAAACAAAAUGACAUUUUAGUCAUAAUUAGAAUUUAGGGCUACACAAUGUUAAGAAAACAGUAGAUUUAGACUUUUACUGUUGAAUGUUGGGAUCAAUUGGAAUUGACUUGUGUUUUCCCAUCAUUGUCCCUGAGUUUGAUCAUCUCUGUCAAUAAGAUACCUGUCUGUAUAUAUUGGCAUACAGCGUGUGGUCGCAUUACAUUUAACUCACCAAAUAAUGCAUUCAGCCUGUCCUUUACGAUUGCAGUUUUGUAUCGUAUUAUGGUUCCAAACGCAAUUUGAAAUGUUGUGCAGCUCUGUUGUAUUUUCAACAAUAUGAAUUCCUUUUGAUUCCAACGUAGACCUCAGAAAAUAUUUACCAACUGAAUUCAGUUGUAAACUGUCUUGUUAUGCAGAAUAUUGAACCACUUUGUCAUUCUACUUCAAGUGUAACAAGUCGAUAUUAGUCUGGCUAUCUGAUCUGGUAGCUAGCUUAAAGCUAGCUGCCUGACGGUUACUCUUAGCUUGUACUUUAGCAGCAAUAAUGUACUUUUAUUAAUGAUGAACGUUUCUGUGUUCAUACUAUGCUAAGCCAGAGAAAUGCAGCCUUGUAGGGACGUUAAUGCGCUGGUUUGUAUACUAUUAGGAAAACUUUAAAAAUGGAGUGAGGGAUUUCUCACUAGGAUAUCAAUUCUUUUUGAUAUCCUUGUACCUUUGUGGGAAAAACAAUGGUGGACUCUUUGUUAAGGACAAUUAUUGCCCCGCUUUGGAUAGGAGUAUUAUUGUCACUGCCGAUGCACGACACUAUUUUCACUAUUGAGCGAACUGGGUUGUAUGAAUUAAGCCUUAAUAAGACUGAUGGGUGGCUCUCCUUUAGUUUCCAUACUUGGUCUGUCUGUAAUUUCUGCAACCAGACAUAUUUCCUAACAGCCAAACUUUUCUCUUGUCUCAGCAUUGGGAAGAUAGAGUAGACAACUUGCAUUCAGCUGGUGGCAGUGUGCAGCAACAAGCAGGAGAGGGGCAACGCUGUUAAUCAACGCUCCAUGCAGAAAACACUGGUCACUCCUGUGCUUCCUCUAGCAUGUUAUUAAGAUUACUUUUUACACUCCGAUUGUACCUUGAUACUGGAAACCAGUCCAUGCCUAGCUUCUGAUUGUUUAUGAUGAUCAUUUCUUUUCUUUCAAAUACUGGUCUUUAUGCAGUGUUCAGCAUCCCUCCUGUCCCUUCCUGCCGCCUCCCGAGCAGAACCGGCCCGCAGUCCCACCGGUACGCCUCAGCAGGCGGCUAAAAGCGUAACCGGACCUGCGCGCGGACGGCCUUGUUCUGCCGUGGACGGGCUUCACUCACGUUGAACUCUGGGAGCGCUCUGUCACACUUAGAGCCACCUCGACUGACAGCAAGCCUUCCAUUUCUAUGCAAACGACAAAAGGAGGUGUUUGUCCGCAGCCAUCCUCUACAUCUGCCAGUCUCCACUUCUCCUCUCACAACUUGUACUACCAGGCAGCUUCUCCUGAAACCUCACUGGGUUCAACAUGUAGGGGACACUGAAAGAGAGUCAGUCCCACUUCUCUUUAGAUUGACACUAAACAACCUGCUGGAGACAUUAUGUGUUGGCCGUCGCUGCUGCAGGCUGGUGCCAACAGGAUCGCUGGUAUCUACUUCCAAUUUCUCACAUUGUCAUUUAUGUUAGAUUAAAGGAGUCAUUGCUGAUGGGGCGUACCCCUCCGGCCGCUGGAGAAGCAGAAGGGCAGGACAGAUGAUGCUGGUCUUUGAGGAACAGUGGACUGGAAUAUAUAUUUUUUUAAUUUUUUUUUUAUUAAAUUUUUUUUUUUAGUGGCUGCAGUAGGAGUAGGAGGUGGGAAGGGGGUCCGAGGGAGGUCCCUGUAUGUGUCUGUGCACUGUUUAUGGGUCACAUCGGGUACAUCUCUUUAAAAACCAAAAACAUUUUUUUUUUUUUCCUUUUUAUCAUCAAGAUUUUCACAAAAACUAGAAAUUACAAAAAAAGAAGAAGAAGAAAAAAAGCUGCGCACUCAGAAGCUGAGACGCACCUCAAGUUUGGUACCAAGUCUUAAAAAAAAAAAAAAAACUUUGGGGAUUUGCCCUCUUCCAGAGUCGCCUUGGACAUGUGUCGUUCAACAAAAAAAAAAAAAAAAAAAAAGAAGAAGAAAAAAAAACAAUCACUUUUUGCCUGUGCUGUUUGUUCGUGAGAUUGUUCCUGAAAACCUGCAUUAAUGAACUCCACACUGGACUUUAAUCAUGGAGCUGGUGUUGAAGUUGAGGGGUGGGGGAAGGUGGGUCAGGGGGUCGACUCUCAGAUGUGGAUUUCUCGGCGCAGCACCAGCACUGAGAGCCUCUCUCCCACAUCCUCAUCUGCACUCUUAUCUACCUGUAAAGUGUCGGAAAUCGGAUGCUCUCCCUACUUUUUACAUGUUUUUUUUUUAUUAUUAUUAUUAUUAAUAAUUUUGAAGGCAACUGGAGCUCGAGUAAAACCUGCUUCAUAAUCACAGAUCAGACAUGAGUCUGAGAAGGGACCCAAGAAAUCAAAGGACUGGGUUGAAUAUGCACAUGCUAGCUCAUACACAGUAUACAACCAAGAGUACAUAAUAGAUGUGUGUGGCUAGACUUGACCUGUUUUCCCACUUUUACUCCCUUUGCUUCAUCCCUUCCCAUUUGUUUCCCAGAUGACGAGAUCAUAAACAUAUCAAGAGUAAUACAGAAUAAUGAGAACAAAUACUUGAAUCAAAGAAGAAGCGCCAAUAAUGUAAUGUGAACACUUUUUUUGUAGUUUUUUUUUUAUUAUUAUUAUUAUUCGUCUGAUUCAUACACUUCAGAGAUUUUGACAGCGUCUGUUCAGAGUUACUAAAAUUUGAAAUGUCUGAAAACAAAGAUUGAUUAUUAAGGCAAAUUUUACAUCUUAUCAGAGUGUUUGCACAAGGCUACUUGUACUGUAUGAAUGAAUGAAUGUCUGUCAGGUGUAAAAACACGUACAGGUGCAUUUUGGUACACUGGAAGGACAUCAAAACUAAAUUGAACACGGAUUUAUUGUGCGGUGAUCAUUUUUAUUUGUUUAUUUCUGGCAAUUUUGAUGAUUGUUUUUAAGUGCACACUUUGACUAGGCCCUUUCAAGGUCCUCCCAAGAUUAUUGUCUUCAACACAAAUCCACCCAGCGUUGUUCGCUUAAAGUCCCAAAGCCUUAGAAAUAUCUUUGUAUCCCUUUCCAGACUGUUAGUUUGAGGUCUUUUUAGCCUAUGUUACUCUCUCAGAAAGGUACUGGUUAAGUAAAUUUGAACUCAGCUUUCCAAAAAGAUGGUUAGUAACAGUCAUUAUUUGAGAGAGAGGUGAUUACUUUUUCCACAUGUACUCAUGAUCUCAAAACUGCUUUUGUAUUACUUCAGCUUACCUUUGUCACUUUGAAAGUUGAGUGGAAGGAAAAAGUACAAAAUCAAUAGGGAGAAUUCCCUGUUACUCAUAAUGAUCAAAAUUAACAGAAAUAAGCACCAAACGCAUACAUGAUAGUUUCACUUCUUUAAUUGUAAACAGAAAUAAACUUUUUGAUGCCAUUCUGAUUUAUUGAGAUGCACCUGUAUGAGAGCUUGUUAUUACUGCAGAGAACCUCCUCAGCCUUGUAUUUCUUUUCAUUUCAGUAUACUUUUUUUUUUUUUGCUUGUCAGAAACUAUAUUGUAAUGUUGUAACUAGCCUCUAGCGUUGCACUGAGUGUCGGCCUCGCCCCUCGCCCAGCUACAUGAACAACAUAAUACAAGUACUGAAGGAGAGAUGGGGGGACAGUUCACGUGUAAAUGUUUACUCAAGGACUAAAAUAAUUGUCUGUAUGUGUGUGUGUUUUCUUUUUGUUUUGUUUUGUUUUCUUAUGUAAUGUUUUAUCUACCUUAGUGGCUUUCAUUGUGGAAUAAUCCAAGAAAGUAUGGAUCAUAAUUGAGUAUUGCACCAUUUUUCAGACUGUAAACUUUAAAAAGAAAAAAUCAUAUAUGUAAAAAAAAAAAUUACAAAAAUAAAAAAAAAUACAGCAAAAAAAAAAGAAAGUAUUUUACAGACCUGUGGCCAUAGAUUGGAGGUAGAGGGACUUUAACUCUCCCGAAUCUGAGCAAACGGAGAGUGAGGAGCGAGACAUCAGACCGAGCCUUGGCUUCUAGGGCUCACCUCAGAGGUGCCUACCUUUCUGUUUUUUUAUUAUUAUUAUUUUUUUUUUUUUGUUUUAAGUCCUGUCAUCUUUUUGUUUUUCUUUUCUUGCAAGGCCACUGACAGUUUACAGUUUUAUUUCUUCAGCAAAACAAAGGAGGAAUCAAACCACGCGAAUGUUGGAAGAAGAAAGCAAAGGACAAAUGCUUCCAUUUUAAAAAAGAAAAAAAAAAACACUUUACACAAAUGAAGAUUUCCUGUGCUACUUUCAGAACUCUGGGAUUGAACAGUGUUGUCUUGUUCUGUUAACCUUCUUCCUUUUGUGUUGAUGUCGAUUUCAUGAACUUAUCUGUUUGGUCUUUUUUGUGUUGAUUAUGUAUUAUGUUUUUUUUUUUCUUUGUAGAAAAAGAAAAGAAAAAAAAAAGGCUCACUAUCUUGCACACACACGAUUAAAGUGGAUCUUGUCUCAGGAAAGCCAGGGUUCCAGAGUACCAACUCCACGCCAUUUUAAUGUACAUUUUUAUGUAUGAUGAGUUUAAAAAAACAAGAAGAAAAAUGACAGAAUUUUAAGCACUGAAAGUUAUGGAUUUCAGAAGAAAAUACCUUUUCUUUUUUUGUUUCUAAAUCCGUAGCAGUUACAUAAUAACCAAAUAAUGGACUUUUAAACAAGAAUGGAGUGCUUUAUAAUAUAAAUCUAUAUAUUAAAAUUGCUUUACUUUUAAAAACAAAAGUGGUCAAUGAGUUUGUUUAAAAAAAAAACAAGAAAAAAAUAAGGUGAAUAACAUGCAAAUGCUGUAUGUUUGAAUCUUUUUGUUUUUCUUAAUGAGGUCCCGUCCUGACUGAAUCAGGAACAUUGUGCAUUAAUCUUUCUGUCUCUCUCGUUUUCCCGCUGCGGGUAUUAUUAUUAUUAAUAGAUUAAUCAGACUUGUUUUGGAGCAUUUUUGUUUCAGAUCUUUUUGGAGGAUGUAAUGUGAAACAUGAGCUGGUUGUAAAAGGAUCAUGAAUCUAUGCACAAGUGUUGGGCGGGGCAGAAGGUAAACGGAGGUCUGGGGGAUUUUAUGGCCCGCUUCUUCUAAGUGGCUGUUUUAUUGCAGGGGUUCUGAUGUGUUUUUAUGUGUUUUAGUUGUUCUCUAAGGGGAUGGGUGGGGUGAAGCCCACCACCUCCAGCUUCCCCCCUGGUCCCUCUUCAGAUUGACCUAGCGCUACAUCGCCAUGCUGUGUAUUCCUAAACCAAUGAGCAUCUCACACUUUAGCACUGUGGGAUUCUAGCCUGUCACCCUCACGGGUUUUUGAUCUUUGUUUCCUUUCCUCAGUUUUGUGUUAUGGAGGGUGGGAGGUGGGAUUAGGGCUGCUUUUUUUUUUUUCUCCUUUUUUUUAAAUAAGUAAAAAUGUUCUUACUGAGAGUUAAUGAGAAGUCAGUGGCUUGUAAUGUUUUAUUUUUGUUUUCUCUGUAUAUCUUUCUCCUCAUAGAAUGUGAUUGUUAAAUGACAUGCACCGAAACAAAUGUUUUCAUGAACUAUGGAGCUUCUUUCAAAUAUUAAUAAAAUAGCAUUUUUUUUUCUUGUC